CACAAUCACAACGAAUGUUCCGAUUUUUGGGUGUUUUGAAUCGGAUACGGAAUUUUGGCGAAUGAUACACGUAGGAUUUGUGAAGUUGUCACCACAUCUUUCUAUCUCUACUGUACGAUACGGAGCACCGUGUCUCUAUCGAAUCAUCAUCCGACAAUGGGGAAUCCUCGGAGCAAACAACCCAAGAAAAUCGCCCUGGUCGGGUCUACGGGUGGCGGAACGGCGACUCUGGGCCACACAGAUGUGACCGGCCUCGUMGAGAUGAUUCGGCACCACCUGGGAUGCAUCCAUGCCGGGGCUGACAGUAGUACCAUUACAAGUACAGGUAAUGACGAAAAGGCAUUGCCUCCACAUCCGCUGGUGACCCUGGGAACUGUCCUAUUUGUCUCCCUCGAUAGCGGCGCCGGAUUUGAUUCCGCCACUGGAGCAGAGGAGGCCACCCUCCUAUUUCUUGCAGACGGCGGGAGAGAGAUGAUUGUUCGAGACCGCCUCGAUCGAAUCAACGACACUAUGAGAGACUUCGAGAAGGGAAUCGCCCGUGACUUCCAAAACAAUGAGCUGCACGGCAUCAUAGGCGUCUCAUGCAAGCCAUCGCUCGUCUCGUCAACCCUCCAGGCUGCUGCCGAGAUGGGGGCCCCCCUGACCGGGACGGGCGGAUCCUCGCUGUCCGAGGCGGCCUCGGCCUUCGAGGGGCUCCGGCUGAUUGGCAACGCUGGGGGCUCCGUAGGGACAACGCCCGAAACCAAGGCCGUAUCCUUUGCGUCUGCCUUUGCAAGCGAGUGGGGCUUGGGGUACGAUCCGGCGGCAGCGGGAGCGGCGAUGCGGAAGCGAACGCAAACGGCAAGCCAGACCAAUCCGAGCUCCACAGCCACAGCCACGCCAACAUCCACCACAGCGGACCGCCCCCCCACCUGGAAAUCAGUGCUCAAUUCUUGUCUGCCAGGAUUUUGGGGGGUGAUGCUGCUGAAGCGGAUCCUUCGGACCACACCUGUCGGGGACUGGCUUCCGGAGGGCGAUCGCAGGGCUCUGGAGUACGCCAUGGAAUUCCACGUGUUGCCCAUGGUAUGCGCCGUGGUCAUGGCAACGUCCCGGAGAAAGGUCGAGAGCGUGCAGAUGGCAGCACUGCUGGCGGCGGCAGCAUGUCGAGGGUCGAUCCUCGGCGGGUUGCUCUCGGGCUGGUGCGCCGCAAUUCUUGAAGAGCGGUUGCUAUACGCUUCGAUCCUGCGGUGGAAACUCCCCGCUACAUUUACGAACCUACUCACGGGGGGGCUGGUUGGGGUGGUCACUGCCACCCUUAUGGCUCCCCUGAGUCCGUAUCUUGGAGCUGCAACGGGGAAAUUUCGGAACCUGACCGCCGUGUAUCUUUGGGGAUCGGCGGGGAGCAGCAACGACAACAAUGAUAUCCACGAGUCCCUUCGUCUGGUGUUCUCGUCGUUGCUGGGCUGUCUAUUUUGCUAUGGGAGCAAGGUGGGUUGGUGUAAGUAUGGCUGUCGUCGGUAUGAACUGGUGGAUUGGUUGUCCUCGUUGUUCUAGCGAUUUCUUCGGCUGUGAUGCGAUGCACACAGAAUGCUGAUCCAAUGUUUUUCUAUAUUCCAAUCUCGUUCUCUGGUUCCAGACCACUCGAUAUUCCUGCCCUUAAUUCUGAUCGAAAUGGAGCUUGGGGAUCCCUCAAUGCUCGGCGCCCUGGAUGUCCUUGCCCUGGUCCUCGUGUGCGCUGGGGUGUGCCUCGGUCUUUUGGUAACCGGCAACGGCGAAGACAAGGGCCUCGCCAGGCGGGGCAUGACCACUAAUCUGCUUUACGGAGAUUUUGUAGAAGCCUACUACCCACACGCAGAGAAGUACCCCCUCGUGAAUGCGGCGGGUUACGCCGCGAGCGCUCUCUCCUCGGCGAUUCUGACCACUGACUGCCGGUCCUCGGCGUAUCUGCCGUUCCCGGCCGCGGUCUGGUUGGCCGACGACAGGGAGGCCUUCCUCGCCGCGUCUCUGAUCGCCUUUUUUAUUCCUUUCCUCGGUACAGUGGUCAAUCACACUCUGUUCGUGCGCAAACGCAAAUCCGAAUAGAGGCAGGCACAACACAGGUCCCAAACGCAAGAUAGUGGUCGCACGAUACACCUGACAGACGUUUUGGGAAAAACUAAAUAUAUCACUAGGUCGUAAUUUCGAGUCAGCAAAUGAAGUCUAAAAGGCAUU